UGCAGGUGAGGGGCUGGCUUGGUAGUGAGCAAAACACCAGAACCUCCAGUUCAGGUGAGCUUUUCUGCAACCUGCAGCCCUUCUGGCCAACAGCAAGCCUUCUCAUAGCACCUGGGGGGAAAGAUCUGUGAGUGUCCCGGCGGCAGGAGUGAAGUGCACCGUUUAGGAGAGGAAAAUGAGCGAACUCGACCAGCUACGCCAGGAGGCUGAGCAGCUCAAGAACCAGAUCAGAGAUGCCAGGAAAGCUUGCGCAGAUGCCACUUUGUCGCAGAUUACAGCUAACAUUGAUCCUGUUGGCCGAAUUCAAAUGCGCACUAGACGAACACUGAGGGGUCAUCUGGCUAAAAUUUAUGCCAUGCACUGGGGCACUGAUUCUAGGCUGUUAGUGAGUGCCUCCCAGGAUGGUAAACUCAUCAUUUGGGACAGCUAUACCACAAACAAGGUCCACGCCAUCCCCCUGCGCUCUUCCUGGGUGAUGACCUGUGCGUAUGCUCCCUCUGGAAACUAUGUAGCUUGUGGAGGACUGGAUAACAUUUGUUCAAUUUACAACCUGAAAACACGUGAGGGAAAUGUUCGUGUGAGCCGUGAGUUAGCUGGACACACAGGUUACUUGUCUUGCUGUCGCUUCCUGGAUGACAACCAGAUUGUAACCAGCUCUGGAGACACCACCUGCGCUCUGUGGGAUAUUGAAACUGGCCAGCAGACAACUACAUUCGCUGGCCACACUGGAGAUGUAAUGAGCCUCUCUCUGGCACCUGAUGCCAGGUUAUUUGUCUCUGGUGCUUGUGAUGCCUCAGCCAAACUCUGGGAUAUCAGAGAAGGAAUGUGCCGACAAACUUUCACUGGGCACGAGUCGGACAUCAAUGCCAUCUGUUUCUUUCCUAAUGGCAACGCAUUUGCGACGGGCUCUGAUGAUGCCACCUGCCGACUCUUUGACCUGCGUGCUGAUCAGGAACUGAUGGUUUACUCUCAUGACAACAUCAUCUGUGGAAUCACCUCUGUAGCUUUCUCCAAGAGUGGCCGCCUGCUGCUGGCUGGAUAUGAUGACUUCAACUGCAAUGUUUGGGACACCCUCAAAGCUGACCGUGCUGGUGUGCUCGCAGGUCAUGAUAACCGAGUUAGCUGCUUGGGUGUGACUGAUGAUGGCAUGGCAGUGGCAACAGGGUCCUGGGACAGCUUCCUCAAGAUCUGGAACUAAAGCCUGAAGAUGGCAUUCGGACUCCAAAGUGACUGGAAGACCAUUCCGACAUCAAAAUAUUAAAUUUCAUUGCAUAUCCAAUCCACUCACACUGACUCAAACACCCCCAAAACUAUGAAGGGCGAAAUGUUACCUUUCCUUCUCUCAUUAAAAAGAAGAGCACAAUGGUUUAUCACCCAACAAAAAAAAGAUUUCCUGUGGUAUUAUAAAAAUUGUGCAUUCCUUUUGGGACCAUUUUAUGUUACUGUCUUGAGAGAGAAAAAAACACUAUCAUCCCAUACAAAAAUGUAUCUUGAAAACAGAUGUUUGAGCGUAGUCAUAAAAAAUUAUCUAACUUUUGCUAGUUUUUUUCCGAGUUUUAGAUCAGUGAACUUGUUGGUUUAUGUUUAAAAAGAGAAUUGAAAGCUUUCUUUUAUCUCAGUCUUUAAGAUUUUAGAAUCAUGUUUGUAGCUGAGUUUAAAAUGAAAGUAAGGAGAAUCACUUGUCAUUUUUUUUAGUCCGCUUAUCACUAUGAAAAACAAAACGCUUCACCAGGGAGUCCAAGACCAGCUUUCGGGGAUGUCAAUUCUGUAUAUUUAGUCCCGGAUUUUUUUUUAAUUUUAUUUUUUCUCCUUUUUUCUGUCUUGUGUCACAGAUCUUUGUUUGCACAAAAAGAAACUUUGCGUAUAUAGAAUAAUGUUCAAAACGUAAACUAACCAAGCACAUGCUGUUUAUGAUAAUGAAUGCUCGUUUUUAAAACAAAUUGCAAAUUUUAACAAUUUUUUCUUCACCUUUUUUUUGUCGUUGGGUAAUGUAGAAUAAUUAAAUGAAGAUUAACCCCUCAAUUUGUUUUUUUUUCUUUUGUUGAAAUUGUUUUGGGUGGGGGUGGGAGGGAUAGAGGAGGGCUGGGGGGGACUGAAUUUUUACCCCGGUUUGCUCCGGAGUGUCCUGUUUAAACAGAGGUGCCCGUUCCGUGCUUGGAAAUGCAGUUAAUACUCUGUGAAUGAAAUGUUGUAUAAAUCAAUGUUUGAAAAUAAUGAUAUUGAACUUUCUAAGUUAAAAAUAAAAAAAAAUUCUUUUGGUUGUCUGCCAUGGGUGGGUUAACUCUUAGAAUCGCAUGCUGUAGAAUUGCUUAAAAAGUGCAUAUGGAACUAAAUCCUUUGAUGUUUUUCUUUAAGAAAAUAACCUGUUAAAACUGUAAUCACUGCCGCUGUAUUCAUAUUGUUUUGCUACUCUGUGCAUACAUCAUUAAAUUAAUAUGGAAAGCUAUGCACCUGAAAGAGAAGCACCAUCUUAAGACAUUAAUUACGAAAUAUAAAACCACACUUGAGCCUGUUCUGAAAUUGCAGUUUUUGGAAUGAUUCUGAAAGGAAGGAAGUGAAUGUCCAUUCUGUUUUCCAACAGAUCACAUGAACACAUGGGGGGAGGGGGGAAGAAAGUUUCCAAUUCCUUCUGUAGUAAACUCUUUCCAGUACUGAAAAAUGCUAGAAUCAUUUUGUAAUGAACAGGUUUUUUUCUGGCUUUCUUUAAUAAAAAAUUUAAAAAAAGGAAAAAAAGAAACUUGCAGCAUUUGGAUGGCAGAAUUUUCUGUUAUUCCCUUCUUACUGUAUACAGAAGCGCUUUUUCUUUAGCAGUAGUGGCAUUUUUCCAUUCUGUUUUUCUCUGCGACAUUCUGUACAAAAAAUGUGCUGUAAUUGUGCGUUAGGCCUGGACUUGGCAAAAAAAUAAAAAAUAAUAAAAAUAAAAUCCCUCUCUUUUUCUCUUUCCAUAAAAUAACUGUAGAGCUCUCUGCACCCCACUGUUACCUUUUCACCUUUUGUAUUUAAUUUUAAAGUCAGUCAGUGUACUACAGAAAGCUGGAUGCAAGAUAGAUCCUAUAUUAAAAUGUACUGUUAUUUAAGAUGUAAUAAAAAGCAGUUUGAGAUGA